AUGUCAAAUAGAAACCGCGGCCACCCUCAUCCUCCUCCGCCACCUCACGCCGCCAUAUCUCCCCCGAUCCGCGAUCCAAUCUUUUCCAUGCGAGGCGGAGGAGGAGGCCAUCCUCCACAUCCAUCCCUCUUAGAAGAUUUCCGUGAAUCUCAAUUAGGGCUAGGCCACCGUCCCCCUCUUCACCUCCACCCCGCCGCCGUCAUCGAGGAGCGUCUUGCAGUGCAGCAUGGAGAGAUUCAGGGUCUAUUAGGUGACAAUCAAAGAUUCGCUGCCACACACGUGGCUCUGAAACAGGAGCUGGAGGCUGCUCAGCAUGAGCUGCAGAGGAUGGCGCAUUUUAAGGAUUCUCUUAGGGCUGAUACUGAGGUGAGGAUGAGGGAGUUGUAUGAGAGGGCGGGUCAGUUGGAAGCAGAGCUCCGUGGCGCUGAGGCGGCUAGGGCGGAGCUUCAACAGAUUCAUGGGGAUAUUAAGGAGCUUACUGCUGUUAGACAGGAUUUGUCUGGACAGGUGCAGGCUAUGUCGCAGGAUUUGGCGAAGAUGACUGCUGAUUUGAAAAGGAUGCCGGCUUUGAGGGCCGAUGUCGAUGCUAUGAAACAAGAACUGCAAUGUGCAAGAGCUGCCAUUGAGUAUGAGAAGAAAGGAUUCACGGAAAACUAUGAACAUGGUCAAGUGAUGGAGAAGAAAUUAAUUUCCAUGGCUCGGGAGAUGGAGAAGCUCCGUGCCGAGAUUGCAAAUGCAGAGAAAAGAACACGUGCUGCUGUUGCUGUCACUGCCGCUGGGAAUCCAGGUCCAGGGUAUAAUGCAAAUUAUGGAAAUGCUGAGCCCGGAUAUGCUGGAAAUCCUUACCCGUCCUAUUAUGGCAUGAACCAGGUACAGCCUGGCGUGGAGAAUUUUCAACAGUAUGCACCUGGACCUGGACCUGCUGCUUGGAGUGCAUAUGAGAUGCAGCGAGCUCAGGGACAUCGAUAG